GGAUAUCCAUGCGCUGGUGUCAGUGUCUCCGGAGGAGACUCGGCUUUGGCGGCGGCGGCAGCGCGGAGGCGGCAGUGGGAGAACCAGGACGGCUGCGGAUGGAUUUCUAAGUCAGUACAGUGCAUGGUUCUGUGCUUGGGCUUUAGUUGUGGAAGAGAAAUGCCUACCAUGUGCUAGGAUACAAAGCUUGUGGAUCCUUUUACUUGUGUGGUUCUGGAGUAUAAAAAGAGAAACAGGACAAAAUGGGGAGGAAGAAAAUACAGAUCACAAGAAUAAUGGAUGAACGGAACAGACAGGUUACCUUCACAAAAAGAAAGUUUGGAUUAAUGAAGAAAGCCUAUGAAUUAAGUGUGCUUUGUGACUGUGAAAUAGCACUCAUAAUUUUCAACAGUUCUAACAAGCUCUUUCAGUACGCCAGCACUGAUAUGGACAAAGUUCUUCUCAAAUACACAGAAUACAAUGAACCCCAUGAGAGCAGAACCAACUCGGAUAUUGUUGAGACUUUAAGAAAAAAAGGCCUUAAUGGUUGUGAGAGCCCUGAUGCUGACGAUUACUUUGAGCACAGCCCACUCUCGGAGGACAGAUUCAGCAAACUAAGUGAAGAUAGUGAUUUUAUUUUCAAACGAGGCCCUGCUCUGAACAAGAAGGAAAACAGAGGGUGCGACAGCCCAGACCCUGACACUUCCUAUGUGCUCACGCCACAUACAGAAGAAAAAUAUAAAAAAAUUAAUGAAGAGUUUGAUAAUAUGAUGCGGAAUCAUAAAAUCGCACCUGGGUUACCUCCGCAGAACUUCUCAAUGUCGGUCACUGUUCCUGUAUCCAGCCCCAAUUCUUUAAGUUAUACUAGCCCUGGGAGUUCUCUUGUAUCCCCAGCCUUGGCAGCAAGUUCUACCUUGACAGAUCCCACAAUGCUCACUCCUCCUCAAGCUUCACUGCAUCGAAAUGUCUCACCUGGAGGCCCUCAGAGACCACCAAGUACAGGCAGCGCAAGUGGUAUGUUGACCACCACAGAUCUCUCAGUGCCAAAUGGAACUGGUUCUAGUCCAGUGGGAAAUGGUUUUGUGAAUUCACGAGCAUCACCAGGCCUGCUUAGCAGCACUGGUGGUGGGAAUGGUUUAAGCAAAGUGAUGCCUACAAAAUCUCCCCCACCUCCUGGUGGGGGCAGUCUUGGAAUGAACAGUCGCAAACCAGAUCUCCGGGUUGUCAUUCCUCCGUCUAGCAAAGGCAUGAUGCCUCCAUUGAACACGCAGCGAUUAAGCAGUUCUCAGUCCACGCAACCUCUUGCAACACCAGUUGUAUCUGUGACAACUCCAAGCUUGCCCCCACAGGGACUGGUAUAUUCCGCUAUGCCUACAGCUUACAAUACUGACUACUCCUUGACUAGUGCAGACCUGUCAGCCCUGCAGGGGUUUAACUCCCCAGGAAUGCUGUCAUUAGGACAAGUUUCUGCCUGGCAACAGCAUCAUCUAGGACAGGCAGCUCUCAGCUCUCUUGUAACGGGAAGCCAGUUAACCCAGGGUUCCAGUUUAUCCAUCAACACCAGUCAAAAUCUUAACAUUAAGUCUGAACCAAUCUCACCUCCUCGAGACAGGAUGACUCCCUCCACCUUCCAACCGCAGCAACAGGCAUCUCAGCAGCCGCCACAGCAACCACCACCUCCUCAACAGUCACGGCAGGAAAUGGGUCGCUCUCCCGUUGAUAGUCUCAGCAGCUCCAGCAGCUCCUAUGAUGGCAGCGAUCGGGAGGACCCGCGGGGUGACUUCCAUUCACCAGUCGGGCUGGGAAGACCUCCAAAUUCAGAAGAUAGAGAGAGCCCCACAGUCAAGCGGAUGAGAAUGGACACAUGGGUGACAUAAGCCUCCUGCUCCCUACUUUGGUUUCUACUUUUGAGUUAUCCCAGCGAACAGUCCUGACAUAUCUAAAUUUAUAAAUAAGGACAUCAAAUAAAUAUUUAUAUGUGUGUGUGUGUGUGUGUGUGUAUAUUAUAUACAUGCAUACAUGCAUAUAUAUGUAUGUAUGUAUGUAUGUAUAUAUCUUUGUAUACAUAUAUAUGUGUGAAUGUGUGUGUAGCAAGACACAAAAAGAAAAAUUGGGCACUUAAUACCAACUUUUUAUAUUGUUGCAGAUGCCCUGUGGGCUAAACAAGUAUAACAGAAGAUUCUCCUUGUAGACAUUGGCCUCAUCUGGCACUUAAUGCUGGACUUUGUUCUUUGUUGUGCAAAAGAAAUAUUCUCCCCCUUCUAUAAACUGUUCAAUUAGAUGGCUGAACCAUCAGGGCCUGCCUCUAGUAGUAUUUCUGUGUGUUUUUCAACAAUUGUGUGGUUUCCUGUAAUUAAAGUUACGCUUUGUAGCAGUAGAAACAGAAAGCAAUAGUGUACAUAGGAUGACCUCUCGCACGCCCAGUCUAGCAUGGGUCUCUCUUGCAAAGAAUGCAUGGAGAAGGGCUGGUAUUAUUUUAAAACACACACACAAACUCCUGUUUUUGCACGUGCAAAACAAUCCUGGGUCUGAUAAGAUUUUUUUAACUACGUGAGACAGACGCAUAAAUAAUACGCAUGAAAUCUUCAGAAGAUAUUAGCCUAUGAGAUAGUCUAUAAAGAAAAAGAAUUAAUAUAUUAAGUUAUAAUUGGAGUAUGUUUUAAAAGCUUUCUUAUGUUAAUCUUACCUUUUUUAAAAUAUAGAGAAACAAUUUUAGCUCGUGUAUAUUUUUUAUUAAAGAAAACCAUACCUCCCUUGAAGACUAUAUAGAAAGUUAUAUAUGUACUUUUGAACACAUUCUGCUAUGAAUUAUUUAUACAAGCCAAAGUUGUAUUGUGUAGUUGUUGUUUUUUUUUAAAUUUGUAGAGUAUAGUUCUAACUUGAUUUUUGACUGUCUAUUGUUUUUACUUUCAGGGGAGGAAGGAAAAAAAUUGCAGGCAGAACCUUAGGGAAAAAUAAGCCAUGAAUACUUAUUAUUCUUUAUGUAAAUUAAAAUUUGAGCCAAAUUUUGUGUAUAUAGCAUCUUAAAUAUAUUAUCACCUUUUGGUGUAAGUACGUAUGUAUUGUACGUUCACCAGAUUAAAAAGUAUAUUUUUGUGGAUUGAUGCCAACUUGAAGAAAAAAGAAGAGAAGGCGAGGUCCUUAUUAGUAGAGUAUUCACUGUUUAAUACUAUUUUGUUCAUAUACUGUACUUUCUUUUGGAUUUAAUUAAUAUUCAGAUUUUUUCAAAGGGUGUUUUAGAAAGGGGUUGUCCCCCUUCACUGGUGGUGAAUGUGUUUGUUAAAACUGUACUCUUUUUUUUGUGCUGUAUAGUAAAGCUUCCCUUACAUGUUUUAUAAAUAUACACACACACAGAGACACAUACAUAUAUACAUACAUAUGUAUGUAUGUAUGUAUAAGUGUAUAUUUGUGUGUGUGUAUAUAUAUAUAUAUAUAUAUAUAUAUAUCUCAAUAUUUAUAUAUAAAAAUAUAUAUGUAUAUAGAUAGUAAAGUGAUAAAUCCUUCCCUACCCCUCUUAUAGAAAUCUGGUAUUGAGUUCAUCCUGCAUAAAUAGAAAAAGUUAUUGUAACAUGGUUUUAAAAGACAUUAUUCAAAAAUGUCUGUUCUGGGUGUGGGGGAACAAUCAUAUUGUUCAUGUAAUGGAAACAUGCAUGGAGAAGCAAAAAAGGGAUUUUGAAGUGGUUUGUGUAGGUUUCGGACAAGGUAUGUUUUACAAGCAUUUUGCUAAUGAGAGUUAUUUAGAAAGAGUGUUUACACCUUUUGGGGCAGUUUGGGAGUUUCCUCUGGUGUGUUCACACAUCCAACAUGUAUUUUUGAGCGCACAUUAGAAUAUUUACAUCUUUAGGCCCAAGGGCUCCUCCCUGGCUUUCAUUUGCACUAAUUGAGAUUUAAAGACAGUGUAAUGCCCAGUCUGAAUUUGGCCUUAUUGUGUACAAUACGGGUGCAUGUGUCAGGAUCUUGCAGACUUGGGUAUAGAAGAAAGUAAAGCUCACCUGAGCCAUUUCAUUUCAGUGGAUUUUCUUUUGCAAUAUAAGGAGGUCAUCCAGUUCGCAAAUACGGUUGUGUUGAUCUGCAAGCAAUGCUAGCCGUCCUAUAGGGCAGUCCAAAUACAAUUCAUUUCUGUGGAUCAGUUCACAGUUGAUGUAAUAAUUGCUGUGGCAGAACUGCUGUGAGGUUGGAGUCCAACAGUGCAAAUGCAGGGACACCGUUUGUGAGAAUCAGUAACCCUGUGGACUCUAGUUGUGUGUAGCUACAUGAAAAUUGUAUCUGGACAUGUGAUUUACUGUAAAUGUGAGCCAGUCUUUAUAAGACACUAAGUCAUUGACUGCUUUCUUUUGAUUUUUCCUGGGAGUGAAAUAGUGAUUCUGUUUCAUAUCUAAAAUAGAGAGCAUUUCAGAACACCUGCAAUUUAAUUCUGUGAUGCUGAGAAAUUGAGUUUUAAGGUUACAUUUUGACCUGCAUUCUCUCUAACCUACGACCCUUCUAAACCUCUUAGGCAUGGCUUGCUGGAAAUGUACUCAUGCUAAACAAAAAUGAAAGCUGUUCCCUUUUUGACACCUUACCUAUUCUUGUUUUCUUCUUCCAUCUUAUUAAUCGUAUAUGCUAGUGGUGGAUUGUGGCCUUUGUAAUAGUUUUUUUCAGUUUGGAAAAGUACCAGUUGCCCCUAUUCUUUGUGAUUUCUCAGUGUUUUGGGGAACUAAAAGACCUAGAAUUUAGCUGCUUCUAACCUGAUAGUGUAGAGCAGAAAAUGCCUUCAAACUUCCCUGUUCCCUCACACAGGGAUGACACAGCAACUUCAGAGAUUCCCCGAUGCUUCAAAAGAGCAUGUUUCUCUGGCGCUACAAGGACAUUCCUGCAGAUUCAGAUAGGAGUUCUUCAUUUCACAUUUACUGUCUCAUUUCUUGUGUGCCUUAAUGCAAAUGGCUCUGCUGACUGUAUCUCAAUAGUCUUUAUUCCUAUGCAGGUCUGUAAGGAGUUACAUCACCGCACGUCUUUUUAAAAACAAUACGCAGAAAGUCUUGGGCGUUGCACGUUAAGCCGCCCAACUAUUUUUUAUUUUUGAAGAAUCACUUCUUGAAAUCAGACUGUUAAUUCUCGGCCCAACAUGUUGUUCUAGGAUCUUUCCCCAUCUGUUUUCUCCCGUGGAAGAACUUCACACCAUGAAAAUGAAAGUGACUUUUUAUAAUUAGCACUAAUAAUGUAACUCUAGACGUUUUGGAAAUACUACCCUUUGACCCUAUUGAUAAAGUUGCAGCAGCAGAUAGGAUUGUUUAUGCUGAGUUAGUUAUGGCUGCAUCCUGUACUUUGGCAUUUGAGUGAGUUGGUGUUUCUGUGCUGACAUUUGCUGUUCCUUUGUACCAAAUACAAGGUUUUGCACUGGCAUUGCUGCAGUGAUCCAAAACAUUUAUAGGGCGAUGUAUUGGUGAAUUAUCACCCCCCCCCCACCUCCAGCAAGAAUUGUGCAAUUAUUCAGUAGCAGAGGCUUCUGGGGCAGGGGCAUCCAGGCAUCCAAAGAGCCCUUCAACUAGCUGCACAUGCCUCACCAGAUCUGAGUUUGCUUCUUGAAUAGUACAGGUUGUCCUCAUUUAGUGACCGGCAAGUUGGUCAUUAAGCAAAGCAGUCACUAAGGGCAACCACGACUGUGCUUACAGUCUGACUUCAGCUUUCCUUUGCAGACCUGCAAAGGUCGUAAAUGCAAGGACUGGUCUCAAAGUUACUUUUUCAUCACCGCCAUAACUGCGAAUGAUUGCUGUCCGAGGCAGUCACUAAAUGAGGACUACCUGUAGACCCUUAUAUUGCGUGAAGAACCAUUUUUGAAAUCUUAGAGGAGUUUGUAUUACAUCAUGGAAGAUGUGGCUGGAGAAGGAGCUGCUCUUUAAGAUGCUGAAAUAUUCUUGUUACCUGCAAAAUCCUCAGCCUAAAGCAUGCCGGAAGUCGCUCUUUGGUUUGAUUCUGGUUCUCAGACCCAGUCCCUGGGAUUUUAGCAACACCCUGAAAAUUAAUCCAGACAUACAGGGUGGCACAUAGUGUGGUUCCUGGGCCAAUACACUUUCAUUGAGAUCUGUGGCUUGAAAGAGCCCCAGUACAAACCCUCCGCUUGCUGAAAACAAGGACAUCAGGUAAGUUCAGUUUUGAUAUGUCAGGAUCAUUGGUCAAAGGAGUGCUUUCAAAGAGUGAACAAUCCAUCCUUCCUGAGAUUUCUAGGGGGUUACUAGCAUGACAGAGAGCUACAUCCUCCUAGAGUGACUUUUACUAAUUAAACAGCUUAACUAAUAAGGCUAUUCGAAUACCUCCCCCCCACCCCUUUAAGCUAAUGACUGAGUUUAAACAAUGGAGGUAAUGGUGUAAAUAGUUUUAAUGCAUUUAUGAUAAGAUUUCAGCAAGACUGCAUUGCACACAAAUCUUUCUAAAAAGGAGUUGCGGAGGGUAACACUGACUAUUAGUAACAUUUUAAAAAAUAAAUGAAUAAAUAAAGGCAUGUAAAGAAACAAGGCUGUUCAGCACUUUGGAACAAUUCUAGAAAGGUGCUUUGGGAUGUGUGAGGGCACGGAUGUAUCAGCUGUAUGCAACUCUUUAAAGCAGCUGCAUCUUUUCGUGGGAUUGCACGGUGCUGCAAAAUCCUAGUAGGAAAUGCUUUAGCCUUUUACCUAUAUAGGACAUUAAUGCAUAGGCAAGUGUACUGUGUGCACAAGAAAUAUAUAGUAAAUAAAGAACAUAAAUGACUCCUCCCAGAUCAACCAUGGGAAAAAGUUUGAAAUUUAGAAUGUGAAAGACUAAAAAAAAAAAAAAAAGAUUUUUUUCCUCACUUUGUUGUGCAAGAAAACACUGCUUUGCUAUAUUUAAAAAAAAAAGCUUUUUUUAAAAAAUAAAAAUAAAAAAAAAUAUGUGCUUGUAAUUGUUUGUAGUCGACAGUUCACAGACGAAGCUGUUUGCGGUUAAAGCCGCCUGGCGGCACAAGCUGGACUUUGUUGCCAUCUUUAAGAUGAAUCUUUAAGAAAAAGAAAUUAAGUUAAUCUUUUUCCCUGAAUGUGGUGUUUUUUUCUUCGUUAUACAAUAAAUAUUCUAGUGAACUUUUUAUGAAAUGGUUAAGAAAAUGCUAGAAGUUGUUGUAAAAUAUUUGUAUCUUGCAUUCACUAAAGUAAAAAUAAUGGCUUUUACUGUGUA